UAGUCAACAUCUUUUCCCACCAUUCACCUAUCUCGUAAUUUUUGUGUGUUAUCGACCACUUUAUUUUAAUUAAAAUGUCAGUUUAAGUCAAUUUUAUAACUCUGCAAGCUUUCAUUUUGCUAUUAGAUCUAGAAAAUUAUGAGUAAUGAUGCCGAUCUAAGUGAAAAUACUCUUUGUGAUCCAGUGAGCUCAAUUGUUGAAGGAUGCAAAUUACCAGUUCGUAUGAGGACCAGCGACGACUGGCCUUUAGCAGAAAUUAUAAGUGUAAAAGAAGUCCGAGGUGUGCGAUAUUUCUACGUCCACUUUGUCGAUUUCAACAAACGGUUAGACGAAUGGGUUACAGAAGAAAGGCUAGACACAAGGAAAGUCCAGUACCCUGGUCGGGAGACCAGCGGUGUCUCCGGUGUCACAACACCAAAGAAACAAAUUCCUGCAUUGCCAGUUUCACUGAAUGCGCACUCAACGACAGUCAGUCGACCACCUUCUCCCCUCACCUCAGAACAGAGCUUCGUCAAUGGUAGUGCUGUUCUAGCCGCUGCUUUGCAGAAGAAGAUACAGAGGCGGAAAAAAAAUAGUAGCAUAGAGAAUGAAGAUUCUCAAGAUGGGACAGCCAAUUCUUUGAGUCCGCGGAUAACAGGAUCCAUGGUACCCCAUCAUGAUGAUGUCGUAACACGGAUGAAAAAUGUUGAAAUGAUAGAAUUAGGACGACAUAGAAUACGACCAUGGUACUUUUCACCAUAUCCUCAGGAACUAGUAAAUCUACCUUGUAUAUAUAUUUGUGAAUAUUGUUUGAAGUAUAGAAAAAGUCGGAAAUGUUUGGAAAGGCAUUUGACUAAAUGCAACCUGAAACAUCCGCCAGGGAAUGAGAUCUACCGUAAGGAUUCCAUAUCGUUCUUUGAGAUAGAUGGUCGAAAGAACAAAGUAUUUGCCCAGAACUUAUGCCUGCUGGCCAAACUCUUUUUAGACCAUAAAACGCUUUAUUAUGAUACCGACCCGUUCCUGUUCUACAUCAUGACUGUCACAGAUGAGCGUGGUUAUCACAUUGUUGGCUACUUCUCCAAAGAGAAAGAGUCCACUGAGGACUACAAUGUCGCUUGUAUACUCACAAUGCCUCCAUACCAGAGAAAAGGCUAUGGCAAACUCCUUAUAGAAUUUAGUUAUGAACUUUCAAAGUUUGAAGGCAAAACUGGCUCGCCAGAAAAACCUUUAUCAGAUCUCGGCCUUUUGUCCUAUAGAAGCUACUGGGCACAAACCAUUUUAGACAUUUUAGUAACCUUGAAACCUGUUGGUGAUAAUGAAAAACCUCAAAUCACAAUCAAUGAAAUAUGUGAGCUUACAAGUAUUAAAAAAGAAGACGUGAUUUCAACGCUACAAAAUUUAAAUUUAAUAAAUUAUUAUAAAGGACAGUACAUAAUUACAAUCAACCAUGAAACUGUUUCGCACCAUAUGGCUGCCAUGGCAAAGCGAAAAAUUAGGAUUGAUUCAAAGUGUCUUCAUUGGACCCCCAAAGACUGGUCAAAACGAGCCAAAUGUUAGUCUUUCGCUAACUGUGUCCAUUUUUUUCCCCUCUAGGAUUUAAAUCUGAGAGGAAAGCAAACUGCUGUUACCAAUUCUGCAACAUUCAAGCUUGGAUGACAAUGAUCGAAACUGGAGUGAGGAUCAAUGCGGAAGCAAACACAUGAGUAGUCGAAAAAUCCGAGUUAAUACGUCUAGCAUCACUGAUGCUGAAUCUUUGAGGAAAGGAAAUGUACCAGAAAUCAUCGCAAAUGUCACUGAGUGAUUGAAAUUGUUUCCGUGUCAUGGCGUUUUGAGUGUGGCAGGAAAAGAAAUAAAAAAAGGAAAGACAGGAAUAGAGCUUAGUUGCGUUUAUUAGCGAUCAGCAAUCAAAGAAUCACAGAGACAAUCUAAAAUAAUAGGUUUCAGACAUCAGGCUUAAUUUGGAGGCAGAUUAGAGCUCAGGAUCUAAAAACUCCAAAUCUGCUACCACUAUGUAGGAUAGGGCUCUGAUUAGAAGAAAGACGCUAAUAAGAAAUGAAGCCCCAUUCAAAUGGUGGCACCUGCGGGAGGGUGAAACCAGCCUGUGAAAACAUAGUCUGUGAGAAUUUAAUGCACCUAAAGUGCUGACCUUUUGGCAGAUUUUUUUGUGAAAAAAGCACAAGUCUGAUGAAUUUGGUCCAAGUGCAAGUAGUGAAAAAUCAACUUAAUCAGAGGUGGUGGCUUCAAAUGACCCUCUUGUCAGGCAGUCUUGAUGUCUGAACCUGCUUCGUCAUGACUUAGAAGGUAAAUGAAGUAGAAAGAGAGCAGAAUAUCGACUGUGUAAG